AUGACAGAAAAACUGAGAGGUCAUCCGGCUAGUGGUCAGGAUUCCCAAAAGGCGUCAGGAGAACAUUCCCAUUUCCCAGGAAGCCUCUGGCUCAGCAUGGUGCCUCCUGCGACACCAGCGGGAACGGAGAAAGACGUCCGGAAAAGCCUCACCUCCUCCUCCGAGCCCGUUUUCGACCUCCGGACCGAUGAGGUGGCUGGGCUUCCAGUGUCCACCGGCACCACGCCAACCGCCCCUGUGCUCCCAGCCGGUUCCACCACCGAACCAGCCCCACCAGACCCACCCCAGAGCUCCGAGGAGGCCACCCAGGAGAGACCUUUCUCUCCUGCCGACUUCUCCUCCAACCCAGAUCCGGCUUUGCCCCCUCCUCCAGAUCAAGGCCCCCUCCCGGAAACCGGGUGGUCUUGGGGGUCCUUGCCGUGGCCAGAGGCGCCAGAGGAUUGCAGCCCGGCCCGGCCCACCACCUUGGUCUUCUCCAAGCCCCUCCAGAAGCCAGAGGAGGCGGAGCAGGUGGGCAUCGAGGAGAACGGGCUGGAGCGUGGCCUGACACACCCCGGCAAGGAGAGGAAGGCCCUCCAGUCGGAGCUGGGCAAAUGCAUCGAGGACUUUCGGAGAAUCCGGGUGCCUGCCUCGUUCCCCAACAAGAAACGGGCAUGGCAAAGUGAGCUGCUCCAAAAAUACCAACUCUGAGGAACUUUCGUGGAUCCAUCAAACGGAAGCAAUCAUCAUCAAACCUUUGAUUGGCAUCACGUACAAACAUCCAUAGCAAAUCAAUACAGAAUUACCGCCUUCCCGGUGACACAAAACAUUUGUCAAGUGAAAGAAGCAAAGCAGUCUAACAUUACAUCUCUAGGUCUCCAGGGAGAUCAGACGUCUGCAUUGUGUUUUGAUGACAAAA